GUACUUUAACUUCAUUAUUUAAGUUGUACAUAUGUAAUUUAAUAUUAUAGGAAAUGAAUUCGGUUUUAUAAUUGUUACAGAUUGAGAGGGAAUGUUCUUGUAGUUAUUACGUAUUUCUAAAAAAAAAUGGCAAGAAUAUUGAAACCACACUGUUGAAUAUGUGGGAUUACGCGAUAUGUGAGUUUCUUUGUGUUUAAUUUAUGAUUUGUUAAUUAUUUACAAAAAAUACAAAUCCUGAAGACAAAUGAGUUCACAAAUGGAUCACAUUAUAGUAAUACGAGGCUACAGGCCAGGGGAUGAAAUAAAUUGUAAAGAGUUGAUGAAAUCUGGUGUGAUGUCAUCGUUAAAUUCAACAUAUUUUGGAAUCGUUUUCAAAGAAUUAACAUUCCAAAUGAUGAUAUUAUUUGCUGCUAUUAUGUUCAUUUUCUUUGGAUUGCCCCUGACCAUUUGUAUCUUAGUUGUACCACUUGUUAUUUUCUUCGUUUAUGUUGGAACUUACAUAGGUUUCACCACGAAAGCUAUGGAAGUCAGCGAAGAAAUUUCUAACGUACCAAGGAUUUACAUGUCGAAUGCCUUUUCCUGUUUUUGGGUUGCCGAGGCAUUCGAACCGUAUCUCAUGACGGAAAACCCAAAAAAUACUCAUUAUACCAUCAUGACGGAGCACCAAUUCCGUAAUUCAGAUAUCGACAUCUCGUCUCGAGUUAAACGAAUAGUGGGCACAGUUGCCUUGUGCAAAAGUCAUGUAUUAAAUAAAGGGGCAUGGAUUAGAAGAUUACACGUACAUCAUUUAUACAGGAGGAAGGGAAUAGCUUCGUGCCUUAUUAACGUUGCCGUGUCGUUUGCAACAGAGCAAGGAUAUGCUUGUGCUAACAUUGUUGCCUCGGAGUAUACAGAAGGUGGAAGAGAGUUGUGCCUUAAGAAGGGUUUCGAAUUGAAACUGAUGUAUCACAAACCCAUUUUGGGUGCUUUUAUAACUAUAUUGAUGUAUGAAUUGACAUAUCAGAUUAAACCUGGCGAGGACGAUUAUGCGCCUCAUAUUUUUGAUAAAGCAAUGCUUAACAAGAUCUGAAAUUUUGAAUACUCUAAUAAAGUCUGUACAAGAUCGAUAAGUCUGAUCGUGCAUUUCCUAAUAAGAAUUCUAGGAAAGUUGCACUCACUAUUACAUACAUGGUAUUAAUAAUAUUUUAUAAUGUUACAAAUAUUGUUACAGAUAAAAUUUAUUUUUUAACUUAAUCGUUAACAAAGCAUCUUGCAAAAUUCCAUGUUAUACAAACAUGUUGUAUCUGUAUAAAUCACUUAUACAAAAUAUAUUUUUCUCAAUUUUUAAUAUUUUCCCAAUA